AUGAUUCAUUUUAUUCUUCUAAUAAGCAGGCAUGGCAAGAUCAGGCUAGGUAAAUGGUUCAGCACAUAUUCUCAAAAAGAGAGAGAGUCAAUUCUUAAAGAAGUCAAACCCUUAGUUAUAGGAAGAAACAGCAAGCUUUGCAACUUUUUAGAAUUCAAGGAAUUCACAUUGGUAGCAAAACGAUAUGCAAGCUUAUACUUCGUAUUUUGCAUAGAUAGGGAAGAUAACGAGCUUAUAGCACUGGACAUUAUGCACUUCUUUGUGGAAGUUCUGGAUAAGUAUUUUAAGAAUGUUUGUGAGUUGGAUAUCAUUUUCAAUUUUCAUAAGGCUUAUAAAUAUUUAUAGAGACAAAUAUUUUUAAAAAAAAAUUGACAUUUAAUUUUUGUGAGAAUUAAUUUUGGCUUGCUUUAGUAAAUUUAUUUAUAAUUGUAAAUGAGCAUACUAUAUUUUGGAUGAAAUGAUAGCUGGAGGGUAUAUGAUUGAGACAAGUAAAAAACAAGUUAAUAAAACCAUUGAGAAUCAAGAUCAGAUAAUGGAAGAGGCAAGAGAAGAGACAACUGCUAGAAAGAAAUAA